UGCUUUUUCACUCACAGUCAUGGAUUUUGCUUCGACUCUCUCCAUGUACUUUCAUCCGAAAGCAACUACAACCACCAGCUUCACAGCCGAUGGCUGUAUGCUUCUUCGCAGUCGGAUGUUUUUUUCUACUAAGUUGCAUUAUGUGCAUUCAGGACGCCGACGUUUGCAAUUCGAAACGUUUGCAAUAAAAAAUGCUUCGGGUUCGUCUGGACGGUCGGCGAGAGGUAGGAGAGUUUAUAGGGAGUCUCAAUCCGAAGCAGGGCCUUUAACCGCUGUUCCGGUGAAGGAGAUUGCUUCAUUUGUGUUGCCGGUCGGCUCGUUCGUUGUCGUUACUUUUGUUAUGUGGAAAUUGGUGGAGAAGCUGAUUAUGCCCAAGCGGUCAAAAGCUCCAGCAGCAGAGAAAAAAACUACCGACGGAGUGAAAUGGUCCUUUGCCGCUGGAACGAAUUUGUUACCUAAUUUUGGUGCAAAGAUUGAAAGGGAAUCCAAACUUCGACUAAAUGAUUUUGCUCAAGAACUUAGGUCGUUCAACAUUGUUGACAUGUCAGGUCGCAACUUCGGAGAUGAAGGACUAUUUUUCCUUGCAGAGAGCUUAGCUUAUAACCAGGUUGUAGAAGAAGUGAAUUUUGCUGCCAAUGGAAUAACGGCAGAAGGAAUUAAAGCUUUUGAUGGUAUUCUGCAAUCGAACAUUUAUCUAAAGACUCUUAACCUAUCAGGAAACACUAUUGGGGAUGAAGGAGCUAAGGCUUUAUGUAAUAUCCUGGUGGAUAAUAAUGGUAUUCAGAAGCUCCAGCUAAACAGUACUGGGCUAGGAGACGAGGGAGCAAAGGCUAUUGCUGAGAUGCUAAAGAAAAACUCAACCUUGCGAACACUUGAACUCAACAACAAUUUGAUUGACUAUUCUGGAUUUUCAGGUCUUGCUGAGGCACUUCUUGAGAAUAAAUCGUUACAGAGCUUGUAUCUAAAUGGAAAUUAUGGCGGUGCUUUAGGGGCUUCUUCACUUGCUAAAGGGCUCGAGGGUAACAAAGCUUUAAGGGAACUUUUUUUGCAUGGGAACUCCAUAGGAGAUGAAGGAGUCCGUGCAUUAAUAGCUGGAUUGUCGAUACAUAAAGGGAAACUCACAGCUCUUGACAUUGGCAACAAUAUGAUAACCUCAAAAGGCGCAUUUCAUGUUGCGGAAUAUGUCAAAAGAAGUAAAACCUUGUUGUGGCUUAACGUAUACAUGAAUGACAUUAAAGAUGAGGGAGCUGAGAAAAUAGCUGAUGCUUUGAAGGAGAACCGUUCAAUAACAAACAUAGACUUGGGGGGAAAUGACAUCCAUGCUAAAGGGAUAACUGCAAUAUCGGAAGUUCUAAAAGAUAAUACCGUGAUAACAGCUCUUGAACUCGGUUAUAAUCCCAUGGGAUCAGAUGGUGCAAAAGCUUUGUCAGAUGUUCUUAAGUUUCAUGGAAAUAUAAAAACUCUCAUGCUUGGUUGGUGUAAGAUAGGAGCAAAGGGUGCAGAGUUCAUAGCUGAUACUCUAAAAUACAACAAUACGAUCUCCACUUUAGAUCUACGAGCUAACGGGCUUAGUGAUGAGGGUGCUAAGUGCUUGGCUCGCAGCCUUAAGGUGGUGAAUGAAGCUCUUGUGUCACUUGAUUUAGGAUUCAAUGAAAUUAGAGAUGAAGGGGCUUUCGCCAUUUCUCAAGCAUUGAAGGCUAACGAAGAUGUGAGACUGACAUCUUUGAAUCUUUCUAGCAACUUCCUUACAAAGUUAGGGCAGAGUGCUCUAACUGAUGCAAGAGACCACGUGUACGAGAUGAAUGAAAAAGAACUAAGUAUCGGUUUCUAGGCAUCUUAAUGGAAGCAAGGCGUAUACUUAGUUGACAGGUAUUCGACUUUUCUUGUUUUUGCGGGCAUCCCUCAAACUGCAGGGAUGUUUAAAAAUUUUGUUACAGAGAUUGCGGCUAGCAUUGUGGUUGAGAAACUUCUUUGCACCCAUUUGUUUGUUUUGGUAAACAUAGGGUUUUGAUCA